AUGAGUGAUGCUGCUGGAACCCUCGUCUGCGUCACUGGUGCCAAUGGCUACAUCGCUUCCUGGCUCGUCAAGCUCCUCCUUCAUCGUGGUUACACGGUCAAGGCCACUGUUCGCGACCCAGGUGAUCCAAGAAAGGUAGACCAUUUGCGUAAACUUGAUGGUGCAAAGGAGAGACUGAACCUGGUUAAAGCAAAUCUUCUGGAGGAAGGUUCCUUUGACCAGGUUGUUGAGGGUUGUAAGGGCGUCUUUCAUACUGCAUCCCCCUUUUAUCAUAAUGUCAGAGAUCCACAGACCGAAUUAAUUGACCCAGCGGUCAAGGGAACUCUCAAUGUUCUUAGAUCAUGUGCGAAAUCGCCAUCUGUGAAGAGAAUUGUUUUAACAUCUUCUAUGGCUGCAGUUACGUAUACUGGGAAGCCUAGAAAACCUGAAGAUGUAGUUGAUGAGACAUGGUUUUCAAAUCCUGAAUUCUGUAAGGAAUCUAAGCUCUGGUAUGUACUUUCCAAGACUUUAGCUGAAGAUGCUGCCUGGAAAUUUGUAAAAGAAAACAACAUGGACAUGGUUUCUAUCAACCCAGGAAUGGUAAUAGGGCCACUCUUGCAACCUACGCUUAAUGCAAGUGCCGCUGCAAUUUUAAACCUAAUAAAUGGUGCACAAACAUUUCCAAAUUUUGCUUUAGAAUGGAUCAACGUAAAAGAUGUUGCAAAUGCCCAUAUUCAGGCAUUUGAGAUUCCUUUAGCUAAUGGAAGAUAUUGUUUGGUUGAGACGGUAGCACACUACGCAGAUGUUGUGAAGAUUUUGCAUGAAUUGUACCCAAAGUUUAAACUUCCAGAGAGGUGUGUGGAUGAUAAACCCUUUAUGCCAAAGCAUAAGAUUUCAAAAGAGAAGGCAAAGAGUUUGGGAAUUGAAUUUGUUCCUUUGGAUGUGAGUCUCAAGGAGACUGUUGAAAGUUUGAAGAAGAAGAAAUUUGUCAAGUUUUAA